AUGACCAAAAGAAAACUGUCAAGUGAAAUUCCAAUGAUCGUAAAAAGAUCAUUUCCAGAAGACGACAAUGAUGAACAAAUCAUUAUUAUUUGUUUUCAUCCAAAUAAUGAAAUCGAAGAUAUGAAGAAGCAAUUAAAUCAAAUGAAUGAUCAUGUUGUAUUCCAUACAGAAUUGGAAUCAUGCAUUUCUUUCAUUCAAUCAAUUAAACAUGAAAAAAUCUUCUUGAUUAUUUUUGAUUCUUAUGCUUGUGAAUUGGUGUCUCAUAUUGAUAUUUUUCAACAAGUACAUUCAAUCUUUAUCUUUUACACAAAGCCUGAAGACUUUAAAUAUUUAUUUCAUGAACAACUGAAUAUAAUUGGAGUUUAUCAUCGAUUGGAUUUUUUCUAUUCAGCUCUCGAAGAACAAAUUAGUUUAAUAGCUGAACAAUUUUUUCAAUGGACAUUUUAUGAUCAAACAAAUUUCCUCAAAAGAGAUAUAUCGAAACAAUCAAGUGAUUUUCUUUGGAUGCAAUUAUUUCAUGAUGCGAUUUCAUAUUUUCCUCAUGAUGAACAAGCAAAAGAAGAUAUGAUGAAUAUAUUCCGUCUUUAUGCUGAUGAAAAAUCAGAAUAUCAAUCUAAUGAUGCUAUUCAAUGGUAUUUAAAUAAUUCAUUUCUUCAAAAAUUAAUAACAAAAUCAUUGCAAAGAAAAGACAUCGAUCAACUUUAUCAAUUAAGAUAUUUUCUUGUUGAUCUUAUCGAAAAUUUAACUCGUGAACAUCAACAACUUAUUCAAUUUCAUAGAGAAAGUUGUGUUAUUUAUCAACAAAUGAAAUUAUCAAAGCGUGAAUUAAAUGAUUUCAAACAAAAGCAAGGACAGAUAAUGUUCAUGAAAGGAUUUCUAUUAGUAAAGCAAGAUAUUUUAUUACCGCAACGAUCAGAUUUAAUCGAUGUUCACUUGGAAAUUAAAUGUAAUCUAAAAGAAUAUCAGAAUAAAAAUGAAGUUUUGUUUGAUUUGAAUACAACAUUUCAAUUGGAAAAUAUUGAAGAAAAUGAUCAAAAAUUUCUUAUUCGAUUAACUGAAGUUAAUCAUGGACAAAUGAUUAAAGAAAAAUAUCUUACUGAUACACAUCGACAAAUAGACAAGUUAAGUAUUCCAAUUAUUUUUAGUAAAUUAAUGUGUGAUAUGAAUGAAUGGAAUCAAUCAAGAGAAUAUCUUCAAUAUUUAUUAAUCCAUUCAAAUGAACAAGAUUUACCAUGGAUUGAAUAUUUUAUUGGUGAGACUUUCUAUGAAAUUGGACAAUUGAAUAAAGCACGAUUGUGUUAUGAUCGAGCGAUGAAAACUAAUCAAAUUCGUCUUCAAGAUUCGGCUGUAGUUCUUUCUGCUAUUGGUAAAGUUUUAUUUUCACAAGGAAAAUAUGAAGAAGCAUACGAUUUUUAUCAACAAGCAUUGGCAAUUCAAAAAGAUUUUUAUCCUUCUCAUCAUGCACAUAUUGCUACUAGUCUAGAAAAUAUUGGUCUUGUUUUCGGCAGAAGAUUACAAUAUGAUCAAGCUCUUGAUUUUCUUCAACAAGCAUUAGAAAUUCGAGAGAAAUAUUAUGAACAUUUUCAUGUUGAUAUUGCCAUUAGUUUGGACAGUAUCUCUGAGAUAUUAGCUAAACAAGAAAAAUGUGAUCAAGCAUUAGAGUAUCAAGAACGUGCAAUGUCCAUUUUCAAAGAAUAUUAUCAAUCAAAUCAUACAUAUAUAGCUCUUUUACUUUUUCGUAAUGGUUAUAUCCUGUAUCUACAAGAAAUCUUUGAAGAAGCUCUGAAUUUCAAUCAACAGGCGUUAACAAUAAUGAAAAAUUUGCGUUCAUCAGGUCAUCCCGAUGUUGCUUACGCUUUGACAAAUAUCGCAUAUAUUAGAUAUGAACAAGGAAUGCAUGAGGAAUCGUUACAAUUAUAUCAACAAGUAUUAGCAUUAUUAAUCCAAUAUUAUUCAUCUGAUCAUUUAGAUAUUGUUCAAGCUUUGAUUAAUAUUGAUCAUACACUAUUAUAUGGAAAAGAAAAUUCUGAACAGGCACUGGAUUUCUUUCAAAAAUCUCUGGCUAUGUUAGAAAGAUCUUACCCAUCCUGCCAUGCACAUAUCGCUAACAAUCUCAACUUGAUUGGAAAUGUUUUAAGGAAACAAACGAAAUUUGAUCAAGCCUUGGAAAUAUAUAAUCGAGCAUUAAAAAUUCAAGAAGAUUAUUAUUCACCUGAACAUAUUGAAUUAGUUGAUACACUGACGAACAUUUGGCACACUUUAUCUUGUCAAGAAAAGGUGGAUCAAGCUCUUCUCUUUUGUCAACGAAUCUUAACAAUUCAACAAAACAAUUCUUUAUUAGAUCCUAUCAACAUUUCGUAUACUUUCAAUAGUAUAGGAAAUUUAAUGGAAAAGAAAAAAGAAUUUACUCAAGCUAUUCAAUUUCAUCAACAAGCAUUAACAAUUCAACAGAAAUGUUUUCCAUUAGGUCAUUCUACGAUUAUUGCUACUCUUGAGUUUAUCGGUACACUUUUUAAAAAUCAAUGCCAAUACGAUCAAGCUCUCGAGUAUUACAAGCAAGCACUCGACAUCAAUGUAAAAUGCUUUCCAUCUAAUCAUGUUCAAUUAGCUUCAAAUUUUAUUUUGAUUGGAUCUGUUCUAAGUACGCAAGAAAAAUUCAGUGAAGCAUUAGAUUUUCAAAAUCGAGCAUUGGUAAUUCGAGAGAGAAAUUAUCCAUCAGAUCAUGUUUUUAUUGCGCAUACUCUUACUCAUGUUGCUCGUACUUUGUUCAAUCAAAAAACUUAUCAUCAGGCAUUAGAAUCGUAUCAACGAGCAAUAAGUAUUUAUGAGAAAUGUUAUCUAUCUGAUCAUAUUGAUAUUAUUUCUAAUCUUAAUAAUAUCGGUGAUGUUCUCUAUCGAUUAGACAAAUAUGAUGAAGCCUUAACAUAUCAUCAACAAGCAUUAGCAAUUCAAGAAAAACAAAAUGAAACUGCUCCUAUCGAUAUGGCUCGUACUCUUAACCAUAUAGGACAUAUUUUUAAUAGUCAAAAGAAAUUCGAUGAAUCUCUUCAUUCUUAUCAUCGAGCAUUGGAAAUUGGAGAAACAUUCGAUUCAUUAAAUUAUCAAGCGAUUUCCACGAUGCUCUGUAAUAUUGCUGAUGUUUUAUGCAAACAAAGAAACUACAUACAAGCAUUUGAUUACCAACAACGUGCAUUAAAUAUCCAAAAAACUAUUUAUUCACUGUCCGACGUUAAUAUUGCAGAAAGUCUUCAUUCUAUUGGUCAUAUUCGAUAUGGUCAGAACAUGUUUGAUGAAUCUUUGGAUUUCUAUCAGCAAGAACUAAAAAUCUAUGAAGAAAAUCAUGCAUCGAAUUUUGAAAAUGUUGCUCUUUCUUGUCGAUAUGUUGGUACUUCUCUUAUCCAACUAAAAAAAUAUCGUGAAGGUUUGAAGUAUCUAUGUCGAGCAGUGCAAAUUUUUGAAGAAAAUCCUUCGUCUGAUUGUGAAAAUCUUCCCGUAUGUUUAUGUGCUAUUGGCAAUGCAUUACUUGAACAAGGAAAUCCUAACGAAGCUCUUCAUUAUCAUCAACGAGCACUUGUAACUCGACAAGAACUCUAUCCAUCUGGUCACAUGUGUAUUGGAACUAGUCUUGCUAAUAUAGGAAAUAUUCUUAGCGAUCAAAAAAACUAUGACGAAGCAUUUGAUAUGUAUGAACAAGCAUUAGUCAUCUAUGAGAAAUUCUGUUUAUCUGAUGAUCUAGAACUUUCUAUUUGUUUGAAUAAUAUGGGUAUUCUUCUAAAUGAACAGGACAAAUAUGAUCAAGCACUUCCGUUUUAUUAUCGAGCAUUAGCAAUUCAAGAAAAACAUUUACCAUAUUCGUAUACAACCGUUGUAAAUACUCUAAUGGAUAUUGGUCGAAUAAAAGUUAAACAAAGCAAUUUUGAUGGAGCUCAUGAUGAUUUUUCUCGAGCAGUUGCUUUACUUCGAGAAUAUGAUCCACUUAAUCAUUCUGAACUUACCAUUGGUCUCGAAUGGAUUGCAUCUAUUUGGAUUCGAAAACGAUGUUAUCAUCGUGCUAUUGAAUAUCUUGAACAAUGUUUACACAUCAAAGAAGCUAGUCUCUCCCCAGAACAUUUAUCCAUUGCAGGUACUCUUUCAGAUCUUGCUCAAGUUAAUCGAACCCGACAUGAAUAUCAAUUAUCAUUAAUAUACGAAAUGAAAUGUUAUUCAAUCAUCGAAAAAGUUUUCUCACCAGAUCAUUACAAUAUUAUUCACAGUUUGUCAAAUAUCGCUCAAUGUUAUGAAGAUCUUAACGAACGUCAAAUAGCUUUAAAAUAUUAUCAACAAAUACUAACGAUCUGUGAACAAUCUGAAUCUGUUUCAGAUUUCGAAAUAUUCACAGUUAUAGAUAAGAUUGAUCAACUCUUAACACAGAUAAAUGAAGAGUCGGUUUAA